CUACUUCAGAUGAAUUACACAGAGUACAGACAAAACAUCACAGUUCAAUACUGCUUUCCUGACAACAACUCAUCUUGCAGAAAGGAAAUCUAUACAGGACCUAUGAACAUAUUUUUGCUCGUUUUUCUUUUAUGUAUAUCUGUGUGCACUGUGGUUCUGAACCUGCUGGUGAUCAUCUCCAUCUCUCACUUCAAGCAGCUCCACACUCCCACCAACCUGCUCAUCCUCUCUCUGGCCGUGGCGGAUCUUCUUUUAGGACUGAUUUUUAUGCCAGUAAAAAUGAUGAGACUUAUAGACUCAUGUUGGUAUCUUGGGAAAAUGGCAUGCUGUGUUCUUCCAGUCAUCAAUGCUGUUUUAUCAUCAGCAUCUCUUUGUAGUUUGGUUUUCAUUGCAGCUGACCGGUACAUUGCUGUCUGUGACCCUCUGCUUUAUUCCACCAGAGUCACAGUUUGUAAAACCUCUUUGUUUAUAAUUCUGGGCUGGUCUUUAAGUCUGUUUUAUAUCACAAUGUGUUUGUACUUUAAUGACCAUUUUCUUCCAUCUCAGAUAUCCACUAGAUGUGAAGGAGAGUGUAUCGUGAUCAUAACGUAUUACUGGGUGAUUAUUGACCUGGUGGUUUCAUUUGUAGUCCCUUGCUCUGUUAUACUGAUCUUGUAUUCAGUCAUUUUUAAUGUGGCAAGACGUCAAGCUAAAGCUAUUAGAGUUGUGAAGAAUGCAGCCCCAAACAAACAAGGUAUCGAAGUUUCAAGCUCUUCUGAAACCAAAGCAGCAAAAAAAUUAGGCACUGUCAUUUUUGUUUAUCUUGCUUGCUGGAUACCAUUUUACUUAAGUUCUCUGUCAACUGACAGCUUGAUAUCUGUGUCAGUGAUAUAUGCGGUGUUUAGCUGGCUAGUACUUAUUAACUCCUCUGUGAAUCCACUAAUAUAUGCCAUUUUCUAUCCAUGGUUUAGAAAAUCAGUUUGUUAUAUUGUAACUUGUAGAAUAUUUCAGUCCUCAUCUUCAAGGCUUAAUUUGUUUCCCAAACAAACUCCCAGAUAA